AUGCGUUCCAAGUUCAAGGACGAACAUCCCUUCGAGAAGCGCAAGGCAGAAGCCGAACGUAUUCGCCAGAAGUACACCGACCGCAUCCCCGUCAUCUGUGAGAAGGUCGAAAAGUCCGACAUCGCCACCAUCGACAAGAAGAAGUACCUGGUCCCCGCCGAUCUCACCGUAGGCCAGUUCGUCUACGUUAUCCGCAAGCGCAUCAAGCUCAGCCCCGAGAAAGCCAUCUUCAUCUUCGUCGACGAGGUACUACCUCCUACAGCAGCUCUCAUGAGCAGCAUCUAUGAAGAGCACAAGGAUGAGGAUGGGUUCUUGUACAUCACGUAUGUUUCCACCCUCCCGCGUUGA